AUGGCUGAAACAAAUAAAUCGACCUGCAAACAACAAUUUAUCGAUGCAUAUUGUGUUUUGGUGCAAGGGAUAAGUGCUGCCCGGUUUGAUGAGUUCAAAGAAUUCUUCGCCAACGAAUCAGACUUUGAGCUGGCGGUGCAAGAAUUUCGCAACGGAUUCAAGGAAGCGCUUCUAUCGAAAGUAAACAGAUUGUGGGAUGAAACAGCCAUCGACGACAAUGUAGCGCUAUUGGAAAUGUUGAAAUCAAAGGCGAGUGGAAGGACGACCAAAACGUGGCGCCCCACUGGCAAACCCGUCAGUGAACAGGUUCUACCGAUGACCGUAAACAAACUGAAAACGUCGCUAAAGUUUUACCAACAUCAGCUGGAAUUUCAAAAGGAAAGAACAGAGGCACUCAUUUAUACGAUCGAAACAAUGCGAACUAAGUACCGAACGAUGCAGAUGCGACGGAACCAUUUACUGCAGCCAAUUGUGAAUGAGAAGAAAACGUUUGAUGUCACUCGUACCCUACAGAAAAGCCUCGAUCACAAGGUGAACGAUGAUCUACUGUUAUGA